AUGGCGGCGAAUUCCCUCGAGGACGAUGCAAAGAAAUACGGGUGGUUUGAAGAGGGAUUGAACGUGGAGAGGAGGGUAGACCGUCAGAAACUCAUUGAAGAAAUGAUUCAAACAACUGACGCGGAGCUUGCUGGUUACUUUCAAGAACGCAAGCCAUUGGCUAAAAGAUCAGGCGCAGUUUACAGCGAGCUUGUAAAGAAAGGAUAUAAACAAGAAUAUCUCGAAUGGGUUAAGGAAUUAAGGGAAGUUCCGACGAUUGAUGAUGAUGCGUUGAUGGAUUGGAUAUAUCUCAACCGGCAUAUCAAAGAUAUUGAUCGCCAAAUCGUGCUUGAAUGUGAAGAGCGCAAGAACUUGAGCGAGGAGGACGGAAGAAUUGUGGGUGAGCUGGUUGAAGUCUCCGAAUCUUCUCCACUUAAUCUUCAAAAGUUGCUUACUCGAAUUGGAAUGGCUGAAGAGGAAUUGCUCUGUUUCAAUAAGCAUAUAGGGGAGCUUGAACAGAAGGUCAAUGGCCAAGGACUGAUUGUGAAAUCAGACAGAGAUAUGCUGGAUUCUCUUAUUGGGGAAAGGGCGCUAUUGGAGGAAAUGUUGUCUCUGUACAAAUCGGAUCUUCAUUAUCUGCAAAAUCCAGCGGCCGAAGAAGAAGAAGAAGAACCCAUGUCGCCUUCUCGUCAGGAGAAGCUUGAUCGUUUUGGUACUGUUGUGUUUGAGCUCCAGGAAAUUCGCAAGGAAAUCUAG